UUUUUUUUUUUUCUUAUAAUAUUAUAUUUAUAUAUACAUUUAACUAUUUAAAGAGAAUUAAUCUUUUUUUUUUAUGGGUGGUAUUCAAAGUACAGAAUAUGGUCGUUAUGGUUUUCAUGUUUUGAAGGUGAAAGAGAACUCUCCAGCAUAUCAUGCUGGUAUGGAACAGUUUUUUGAUUAUAUUGUUGCCAUCAAUGGUAUUAGUUUGGAAGAUGGUGAUACUGAUAUACUGAUGACUACUUUACAACAACAUAAAGAUAAACCAUUACCAUUAACCAUUUAUUCAAGUAAGGAACGUGCUUUUCGAGAAAUUAGUUUAAUUCCUGCAACUGAUUGGUCUACAGAUCCUAAUGAAAAAAGUUUAAUUGGUUGCUCUAUACGUUAUUGUACUUAUGAACGAGCUGGUGAAUAUGUUUGGCAUAUAUUAGACGUAUCACCAAAUUCACCUGCUGAAAUGGCUGGUAUUAUCCCUCAUACUGACUAUGUUAUUGGAAGUCCACAAACAGUUUUGAAAAGUGAUGAUGAUUUUUACAAUUUAGUGGAAGAAAAUCUUGGAAAACCUUUAAGAUUAUAUGUAUACAACACAGAAUGGGAUAGUUGUCGUGAAGUUAUUAUUGUACCAAAUCGUGAUUGGGGUGGUACAGGAUCUUUAGGAUGUGAUGUUGGAUUUGGUUUACUACACAGAAUUCCUCGAAGGAAAUCAAACGAUAAUAAUAAUGAUGAUCAUGAUCAAGAACAAUAUAGUAAUACGAUCUUCAGUGCAGCGGAUUUUGAACCUACAACUGAUCAUUCAACAAAUCAUUCAAUAACAAGUUUAGAAGAAGGUCCUAUAUCAACACCUCAACAAAGAUCAUCUAUUGAAGAAACAACAACAAAAACAACAACAACAGAUACCAUGUCAAAUCAACAAGAAUAUUUACUCAAAGAAGCACAAAAUACAAGAUUACCAGAUUCCCCUCAAGUUGAAAAUAAUGAUUGAUGUAGUUUAGAUUUUUUUUUUUACCAAUAAAAAAACCUGUUUCACAUAAUA